CCGCAAUCGUGGCCUCCGAUAUCGACGCGUGACGAUGCAUUGCGUAUUGCGGUGGAUGCUUACUUUGCGUUGGCCAAAUUGAGACCUUGCACAGAGACGUGGAACGAUCUGGGAUUGGGUUUGCUGCGAAGAGCGCAACUGAAGAACGCUGAUAAAGCGUUGGCUAAAAGAGCAGUGGUUUGUUUCAAACGUGCCCUAUCAAUGUGCAGUCAUAAAUCAACUCAGUGCUCACUAUGGAUCAGUAUCGCCCAAGCCACCCUCUUAAUUGGAUCCAAACUGACAGCACUACAUUGCAUUAAAGUUGCGUUGUUGAUCAAUGCGAACAAUUCAGUCGCAUGGUCAUUGCUGGCCAUCUUGUUGCUCAUCUGUAAAAAGGUUUUUUCUUUCGCUUCAAUUCGUUGA